UAAAACAAACAACCCUAAGACUUGUAUUAAAUGGUCAGCUCAGUUUAUUGAUCAAUGGGCUGAUGCUUCCUUCUAUAAACCUCAAAGAAAGGGAAAGGGGUUUCUGUUAGUAAGAGAAUUCGCCCAAACGCCUAAAAUGGUGGCCCAAUUAUUUAUGGAGGCUUACGCUUUGAAAAUGGGCUUGGCUUGGCCUUAUGUCAACCUUCAUAGACAUGGCGAUUGGAAGGAUACGGAAACAUUUUCCCGCUCUGAUCACUUUGUUACUUGUAUUUGUUUCUUACUGCGCACCAAAACCCUCUCCUAUCUCAAAUUUUCUCUGCAUCCAAACAUAGUUCAGAUUUCCAACUAUGUAAUGCCUUCAAUCGCAGGCCGCAACGCCUCACUACAGGCUACAAGGACAUGGUGCGCGCUCGUCAAAUCAGAGAAUUCCGGCGACAUCGCUCCAUCCAUCUGCUUCAAGAUUAAUAAAAAGGUGUCAACAGGCCUGGAAAAUGCAGUAGCCGGCAACACGCAAAUGGAAAGAUCAAAGACUGCACAUGUAAAAUUCCAGUUGCAGAAGGAGUGCAUGUUUGGUGAUGAAUUUCUCCUGGUGGGCGAUGACCCAAUUCUUGGUCUGUGGAAUCCCACUGAUGCUGUGCCAAUGAAUUGGUCAGAAGGGCACAUUUGGAGUGUUGAGUUGGAUGUACCCAUUGAAUCAACUAUCCAAUUCAAAUUUAUCCUCAAGCAAGGCACUGGAGAUAUGAUUUGGCAGCCUGGCUCUGACAGAAUUUUCAAGAGCUGGGAAAGCAAAGGCACUGUUGUUAUUGCAGAAGACUGGGAAAAUCCUGAAGCUCAAAAAAUCACAGAGGAGCAAAUCACCGAUCAAAUUGAGGAGGUUCAUCAAAGGGAGAUGCUUAUUGUGCCAAUGAGCAAUCGUCUGAGUUUUUCAGGUCACUUCAGUGAAGCCUCCUAAGGAACUGGGAUCCAUAAUUGUUGAUGCCUCAUUUGGAGCUGAAGCAGCAAAACAUUUAUCUAUUUUUAAUUCCUAGCAUUUAUUUCUUUGGUUGCAAGAAUCCAUGCCCUCUCAUUGCAUAUUUCUGCUGAUCUAAAGCUUUGGAGAAUUGCGUAAUUAUGGAUCUUGUUUGGCUUUUUCAUUAUUUUGGUUUCUGGACUCUUGGUUAAUGAAUUUUGCUGCUCCUUUUUUCUCUUGAUAAUGCAUUUACCUUCUAA